AUGGUCGAGUCAGACGCCUCAGUGCAUAUUACGGUUGAGAAUGUGACGAUUGAACUUCUCACAAAAAAACGUUAUCUUCUUCUUCUUUCUCUCAACCAAAAUGCGCCGCGGACUCCCUCUCCUCUGAUUUCUCACCGUCGUGCCGACACAGUGCCGCUAUCAGUUAUCAUCUUCGUUCGUCACCGUACUUCCAUUUCGCUCUUCUCCGAUCCGUCUUCAAUUCUCACCUCUGAUGCUUUGCUUCAGGCUUUGCACUCACCAUCACGGACUCGAUCGUUUCGAAACAGGCGGUUAUUAUAUGUGUUCUUGCACUUGAGAGAUGUAGGGAGAUCGAAUAGAGUAUUCAGAGGCUUUAGCUCGCUUGAUUAG